AUGAUGUACAAACUCUACAUCUUCCUGCUCUUCAUGGUGCUGAUAAUGCCCUCAUUAGAGAUCAUAAGUGUGGAUUUGGUCGAUGUCGUCUAUGCCCUCUUGGCUGGUAAUGAAAAUGAAAUCAAGAUCCGGUUUGAGUGUAUGUUUAUGCCAGAUCAGGGGGCUUUCUUUGUGAACUAUGUGAUUGCAGCUGCUCUGAGUGGUGCAGCGAUGGAACUCAUCUGGUUUCCGUUGACACUGUUGUACAAGAUUUCUCGUGCACGUAUAGCUGGCGAGCGCGAAUACAUCAAGGAACAGUCAUAUAGGUUUCCGUUCGGGGCCAUGUAUGCCUGGUACCUGUGUGUGUUCACUGUUAUCAUGGCCUACAGUGUCACAUGCCCACUCAUUGUGCCUGUUGGUUGUGUGUAUCUUGUUCUGAAGUACCUGGUGGACAAACACAACCUGUACUAUGCCCGUCAGACCCCCCACCUGGAUAGGCUGGUGCACCUUGAAGCUGUCAAACUAGCCAUGGCUGCACCAAUCAUCUGUCUGAUCUGGUUGUACCUGUUCUCUCUAUACCACGCAGGGUUCAUGGCAAUGACAUCUCUCGCCACCAUGGUGGUCCUCGGCAUCACCAUCUCAAUCUGCAUCGCCUUCUCCUGUAAUGACUGGUUCAGAUACACCAAGAAGAUCACAGCAGAUGAGAGCAUCGCCAGCAGCCCACAGGCCAUCAGAGAAGCGUACGCUUUGUAG